AUGCUAAGUGCGAAUUUUAAUGCAGUUAAAAAUAUCCCUGAUUCAAUUAUUAGCACACCAUAUAGUGCCUUAUCGAACAGCUAUUUACAAGAAACUGAUCAUAAUUCAGAAAUUGAUGAAAGCAUAAGGAAUGAAAUUGAAAAUAAAUUUUUAAAAUCAAAAGUAAAUCAAACUUAUACCUUUCCCAGAAAAAGGAUAUCUACCACGUUGCAAGAUGAUUUGACAAGAAAAGAUUAUCAUCUUGGCGCCUUAAUAGGCGAAAAAAAUAAAAGAAGUUUAAAAUCACUACUUACCCAAAAAGUGAAACUCUCGAAAAUUAGAACUGUAAAUAUCCAAAGUAAAAGUCAGAAAAGAGUCAAAUCUCUUACUCCUACAUAUGUGGAUUUUUUUUAAAAUAACUAUUUAUAAAAUCUUAAUUCGAAAUAAUAAUUAAAGUAAAUAUAAAUUUAACUUGUAAAAUUUAUGUUUUAAAAUGCAGCUUGUUUAAAAUUAAACGGAAUUAUCUAGAGAUUUAAUUAGAAUAAUCAUCACUUUAUAUCAAUAUAUUUUUUCAUGGAAUAGGUCUAUCUAAAAAACAGGGAUUUUUCCGAUGGUUUGGCUCGCUCACGGAGGGGCGGAGUUAGCAUGCUAAAAGGAGAGUUUUUGAUAAAUUUUAAUCAUAAAAGAAUAAAAAGUGAUGCAACUUCUUCUCCAAGCAAGUCUAUAAAGUCACCUUAUUUACAGUCGCCUAAAAAGCAGCUGCCAAAGAUGGAGACAUUAAUGAGGAAAAAAUUUACUCUCAUCAAAAUUCAUGGAAAUUUAUUAAUGAAGGUCAGUUAA